GUGAGAGUGAGAGACAGAGAGGGAGGGACACAGAGAGACAGAGAGGGAGAGACAGAGACAGAAAGAGAGUGAGAGACAGAGAGAGAGUGAGAGACAGAGAGAGAGGCGGCAGAGCGUCAUUUUUAGCUCGGGCUAGCUCGGGUUGGGUGUCUGGAGCUGAAUUUAGACUGGAUCUCCGCCGCUGUCUGAGUGUUUUCACUUUGUUAUCGCCCGCACCGGAGAGCUUGUCAGAGACGAGCAGAGGGCGGGGAGAGGAGCUGAAGGUGUGUGUGGAAGGUGUGGAGGAGAUGGUUCCUUCUGCAGGAUGAACCGGAGGAAAGUCAUGCCCGGGGUUGUCCCCUGCUGUCUGUUCAUGCUCCUGUCUGUGUCUGUCGAGAACACUGGGAGCCGUCUGAUAGAAAACAGAGGGGGAAGUGACAACACUCUCAGACACUUUGUGUCUCUGAUGGGGGAAUCUUGAAUGUUAUCCAGCAUGCAGCACCACUCUCCUGUUCACAAGGCUUUGAAGAACUGGGAUACUACAAUGGUUCAGUUUCCCACACGGACACAGGCUACCCCUGCCUGAAGUGGACAGACUUCCCAGACUACAUGCACCAGUACCCGAACCGAGGCCUUGGAGACCACAACUUAUGCCGAAACCCAGACCAAGAGGCCAACGCCUGGUGUUUCUUCAGACAGAGCUCUGGUGCCAUCGGCUGGGCUUACUGUGACUGCCAUCAGGGUGCAGCCAGAUUGGUGGGUGGAUCAUCAAGCAACAAUGGGCGUCUGGAGGUCUACCUGAAUGGCCAGUGGGGGGCAGUAUGUGACACACAUUGGACCAACCGUGACGCCAGUGUCAUAUGCAGACAGCUGGGACUGGGUGAGAUUGGUACAGCCCUGCAGGACUCCUACUUUGGUCCAGGAUCCAUCUUCCAUUAUGAGCGUCUGGGUUGCCGUGGUAAUGAGAAUUCCCUACUGGAGUGCCGGAGCAGGAAGUUUGUCACCAGUGACUGCACACAUGGCCGUGAGGCAGGGGUGGUGUGUGCUAAACCUGAGGGAACUGGCUUCCCUUUGAGGCUGGUUGGAGACCUGGAGGACUUUGAGGGCCGUGUCGAGGUGUACCAUGAUGGCAUUUGGGGAACUAUUUGCGAUCACCAAUGGGAUGACACUGAUGCUGAGGUGGUGUGCAGGCAGUUGAACCUGGGGGGUGUGGCCAAAGCACGGACAUGGCCCCACUUUGACCAGAGGUUUGAGCCCAUCUUGCUUAAUGAAGUCCAGUGUACAGGUAAUGAGCUUUCUCUGGAGGAGUGUCCUUACAACUGGGAGCAACAAAACUGUGACCACAUGGAAGUUGCAGGGGUGACCUGCAACCCAUACACAGAGGGUGCAGUCCGACUGGUGGGAGGAGACAAACACUGGAAGGGUCGUGUGGAGAUUUACCACCAGGGAGAAUGGGGCUCUGUAUGUGAUGACAACUGGAGCGAGCUCAACGCCCAGGUAGUGUGUAGACAGCUGGGCUUCAGGGGCCUCGGGGAAGUGGCCCCUGAUGAGGUGUAUGAAGAAGGUCGCGGGCUGAUCCUGCUGGACGACGUGCGGUGUCAGGGAUCAGAGGCCACUUUACUGGCAUGUACCCACUCUGAGUGGGGCCAGCAUGACUGCUCCCACAGUGAAGAUGUAGGAGUCAGCUGUGAAAGAGGGGGUGAUGCCAAUGAGAUACCUGGCCCAUUGCCUCCUGGUGGUCCACUGGUGCGUUUGGUUGAUGGAGAGAGCAGGAAGGAGGGUAGAGUGGAGGUCUUCAUUAAUAACCAGUGGGGAAGCGUGUGUGAUGAUGGCUGGAAUGAUGUCAGUGCAGCUGUUGUUUGCAGACAGCUGGGAUUCACGGGCAAAGCUAAGGCACGAUCCAUGGCGUACUUUGGUGAGGGUAAAGGUCCUAUCCAUCUGGAUAAUGUUCGAUGUUCUGGCACUGAGGCUUCCUUAGAGCAGUGUACAGCUGUGGGUCAAGAUAGCCAUGACUGUCGCCACAGUGAAGAUGCAGGCGUCAUUUGUGACUACACCCUGGAUCCUGUGGGUGAUGGUGCUGUGGCAAUACAGACCUGUGGCCUGAGACUCAAUAAUCAGCGUCGUCGACGCAGAAUCAUAGGAGGAGAUAAGGCACUGAGGGGUGAAUGGCCAUGGCAGGCGUCUCUGUGGCUCCGGUCUCAGUCUAAAGGUAAUCACCCCCUGUGUGGAGCAUCACUCAUCAAUGCCUGCUGGGUGGUGACUGCUGCCCACUGCUUCAAGAGAUUUGGAAUAGAUCCAACCCGCUACGUGUUACGCCUGGGUGACUACCACACUGAGGAACAGGAUGACUUUGAACGUACCUUGUCCCCUGAACGCAUUGUCAUCCACAGAAAGUACCACAGUCAGGACUGGGAGUAUGACAUUGCCCUGCUGAGGCUCAAAGGCACAGAGGGCAACUGUGUGGCAUUCAACCCUCACACUAGUGCAGUGUGUCUGCCAGAGCCAGGUAACAAGUGGGAGAAGAGGCCUGCUGCCUGUGUGAUCACAGGGUGGGGCCUAACAGACUCAGAGUACUCCAGGACCCUGCUCCAGGCCUGGGUACCCCUGCUUCCAGCUUGGAAGUGUAAGAAGCGAUACGGUGAUCGCUUUACUAGCCGAAUGCUGUGUGCCGGGAGCCUGUCAGAGCGCCAUCGUGUGGACAGUUGCCAGGGUGACAGUGGGGGUCCUCUGGUUUGCCAGGGGCAGGGAGGCCGUUGGGUGCUAACAGGUGUCAUCUCCUGGGGUCAAGGCUGUGGUAAUCCCUCCUUCCCUGGGGUGUACACUCGUGUUAGUAGGUUCCUGAGAUGGAUUGAUAAAGUCAUCAACAAACCCUUCAAGAAUUAAUGAUGGAGAAUUACACUUGGUUAUCCAGUGUAAUCGAGUGGCUUCAGGGCUUGAAGCAGAUGGUCUGUAUUGGUCAGGAUGUAGCCUGCUGAUAAUUGCCCCUGUGUUGUGCCUCCUGAACUUCUAUGCUAAGAAACAUUACUUCAAAAAGCAUGUAAUUAACAAUGUAUAGUACUCACAGUGUGACUUGGUGCCAUAUUAAUAGACAGUAAACCAGUGAUCUGCAUACAGCAAGUGGUAAAAGGUUGUUAUAGAUUUGACAAUUAUCAGAAACUGCUAUAUGUUUCUUGCUCCUCUUCAUUGUUAAUUCCUCACUUAACAGUGCUAGUCAUACUGCUUCGCUUUGCUCUCAACAGCAGUUCCUAUUGUUAAGGCAAGUGGAAAUGUGUAUGUUCUAACCCUAAGACAUAUUAUCAUACAGAUAUGUGGCAAUUCAAUUCCAAUCUGGUAACUAAGAGCCAACUGGACCCAUGAAUACCUUUACUGGGUAUAUAUGACUCUGAUUAAUAGUGCUCCACUAAGCCUGCCAUGUGGAAUUGUUUAAUAACCUUGCACUAUGAAGCAUUGGGUUACUUGUGAAUGAAAAUUGAAUGGAGGGCCAGAGCCAGUGAAAGAAAGACAGAAAUGGAGAAAAAACAAAUGCCUUUGAAAAGUAUCUAGAAUAGUAUUGGAAUGAAUUUGUUCAAACAGAUUAUAUUUAUUUAAUAUUCUUAACAUUCCAUGUGUAUGUACCUGAACCUACACAUUUCAAAUCAUUAUUUAUCUUUUCACUGUUAUUCUAACAUUAAUUACAAUCUAUAGAAUAAGUUUGGUGUCAACCACUAAACAGUAAAAAGUGUUUAGUAUAGUAUAGUAGUCCUUGGGCCCUGGAUCUCACAAACCCACAAAAGCCUGGACUGUUAAUUUGUUUGUGGUCAUUUGUUUGGGGUCAACUGUUACUGUGUUUGGGGAUAUGUGAAUAUGUAUAUUAUUGAGCGAUAUGGUAAGGGCCUACAGCUGGGUCCUGCUUCAUCACCUGACCUGAGGGAUGUCUAGAGAAAGACCCUGUGGAAAACCUAUAACAUUCAGCUCAUAUUGUGCCUACUUUCAAUAAUGUUGAAUUAAAUUGUCUUUAUUUUGAAAUACUGUUUGCAAUGCACAGGAACAACUUUAAUAUACUUCAGUUAUGUGUUGUGUUCUGCAUUCGCAAAUGCAAUUUUCAUUUUUCUUAUCAUAUUAAUUUAUUUGGAAAAACCAUCAAUGUUGACAUUCAAAUAUGAGACUAUAGAGAAAUUUAAACAUUGCUGUAAUUGAUUAUGCUGCUGGGGUAUUUAUUAAUAAUGAAAAUAUGAUGUGUUGUAGCCACAGGACUCUUAAAAGCUGCUUAGUCUCUUUUCUAA